UAAAAACCGAUUGGAUCUCCUGUUUUCAACUCCGACGAAAGGAAGACUUUUUCUUUUCUCAAACUCAAAUCUUCGUCUGAAAAACAUGGCAAAAACACCCAUCAAGUACUAUGUGGUUGACGCUUUCACUGACUCAGCCUUUAAGGGAAACCCAGCAGCGGUUUGUUUGUUGGAGGAAGAGAGAGAUGAGAAAUGGCUGCAAGCAGUUGCUGCUGAGUUUAAUAUCUCUGAGACUUGUUACUUGACUCGGAUCACUGACUCCGCCUCUCCAAACGCCAGGUUUCGUCUUAGAUGGUUCACCCCGGUUGCUGAGGUUAAGCUAUGUGGUCAUGCAACCUUAGCAUCUGCGCACACUCUCUUUACAACUGGUUUGGUAAAUUCAGACAUAAUUGAGUUUGACACACUAUCUGGAAUUCUAACUGCUAAAAAGGUUCCAGAUGUUCAUCCAACCGCUAUCUCCAAGAUUCAAAAGGGUGGAGCGCAUGAGUGCUUUCUAAUUGAACUGAAUUUUCCUACUGUUCCCAUUACUGAAUUUAAUUCUGAUGAGGUUUCAGCCAUUGCCAAAGCCUUAAAUGGUGCCCCUCUGAUUGAUAUUAAGAGGACAACUACCGCAGAUGAUAUCUUUGUUGUGCUUCCAUCCGGAAAAUCUGUUAUUGAGAUGGAGCCACAGUUUGGUGACAUACUGAAAUGUCCUGGACGAGGCUUAAUCGUUUCUGGGGUUGCUCCUCCAGAUUCUGAAUUUGAUUUUAUUAGUCGCUUCUUCUGUCCUAAAUAUGGUAUUAACGAGGAUCCAGUUUGUGGAAGUGCACACUGUGCCCUGGCACCGUAUUGGAGCCAAAAGCUGGGAAAAUGUGAUUUCAUUGCACAUGCGGUAUCUAUGCGUUUCUUUUCGUUUGAAUCAUUCAAUGAAACCAUUGUUGUUAUCACUUAUUAUCAUAUUGAUUGUGGUGUUUACUUUGCGCAGGCUUCUCCUAGAGGUGGAAAACUGAAUAUCCAUUUAGAUGAGCAGAAUCAGAGAGUGUUUCUGCGAGGAAAAGCUGUUACUGUGAUGGAAGGCUCUCUUUUGGUGUAAAUUUGGAGUUUAUUCUGCCCUAGAUGUAUGGUGAAUUCCGGGUUCUGAUGACAGUUGUUGGGUGCAAUUCCCUGUAAUUUUUAAUUAUAGACUUUAAGUUCUGCUCAUGCUCAAGCUUGAUUACCUAGCUGUGGGAAAUGUGCUAUCAGCUGAUAACAUGAUGUCUCUCUUUCAUCUCUGUUAACUUUGGCACCAAAUGUAAUAAGAUCAUUGAAUUUGAAAAUUUUUAUGAUAACCCUUAUCAAUUCAUGCAUGAAAGUCAGUACAAGAGGACUCUCUGAGGUC